AGUGACUGAGAGAGAUCUUCCACCAUCUAUAAAUAUAACCAAAUAACCGUCGUUCUUCUCCGGCGGCGACAUUGGUGGUAAUGGAUGCUCUCCGAUUCGAGUUUAGCUCAGCUUCCUUCACUUCCGCUGUAGCCACUGCUUCUUUACACAGUCACUCUCGGCACUUCUUCUCCUCACUGCGACUCGGCGGUAGACUCGUUGGCUCAUCAUAUCCGACGAUCUCUUCCGCCGCGAGGACGACGGUGAAUGAAAUUUGCACGGCGGAUGAACUCCACUAUGUUACUGUUCCAAACUCCGAUUGGCGCCUCGCUCUCUGGCGAUAUCUUCCUUCCCCAAAGGCACCGAAGAGGAAACACCCUUUGCUUCUACUGUCUGGGAUUGGGACCAAUGCUGUUACAUUCGAUCUUUCCCCUGAGUGUUCCUUCGCAAGAUUCAUGUCUGGUUCUGGAUUUGAUACAUGGAUUCUUGAGCUCCGUGGAGCCGGGUUGAGUUCUCUAAGUGCUGAUACAAAUCUUGGGAAAGCGAACCAGCAGUGGAUAGUCUCAAAUCUAUUGCAGAAUCUCAUAAGUGUAUCUGAGAGACUGGAAAAUGUUCUUGAUGGAGGUUCCAAGAUCAUUGGGCUGCAAGACCGUAUAUCUAAGAGAGUGGGAGAUUUCAAGCAGCGGCUUGAACUUAUCCCUCACUACAAUUGGGAUUUUGAUAACUAUCUAGAAGAAGAUGUUCCUUCUGCGAUGGAGUAUGUGAGGGCUCAAACCAAACCUAAAGAUGGGAAGUUGCUCGCUGUUGGUCACUCAAUGGGUGGUAUCUUGUUAUACGCCAUGCUCUCAAGAUGUGGCUUUAAAGGAAUAGACUCGGGGCUGGCUUCUGUGGCCACUCUAGCAUCAACAUUAGAUUAUUCAUCUUCAAGAACACUCCUCAAGUACCUAUUACCCAUCAAAGAGCCUGCAGAAGCUAUUAACCUGCCUAUCAUGCCGAUUGACACAAUGCUCGCGAUGGCUCACCCUUUAAUGUUUCGUCCUCCAUAUGCUUUGUCCUGGUUAACAGCUAAUAUUUCUGCUCCUCAAAUGAUGGACCCCGAAGUGAUUGAGAAGCUUGUUUUGAACAGUUUAAGCACAGUACCAGUUAAGCUUCUCUUGCAGCUAACAACAGUUGUGAACCAAGGUGGACUGCGUGACAGAACUGGUACUUUCUAUUACAAGGAUCAUAUCAGCAAAACAAAUGUGCCGAUCUUAGCUCUUGCAGGGGACUGGGACAUAAUCUGCCCUCCUGAUGCUGUAUACGAUACUGUCAAGCUGAUUCCAGAACAUCUAGCUACUUUCAAAGUUUUAGGAUCACCCGGAGGUCCACAUUAUGGCCAUCAGGAUCUGCUUUCUGGUCGAAUGGCACGGAGUGAAGUAUAUCCUUUGAUUACUCGAUUUCUUCAGCAACAUGAUGAGUGUUAAGAUAACCGAUAUUUUAAAUGGGAUUGAUUCUUCUUUCUGUAUAUAAAAAAAGGUACACAUAUACCGAUAUACGUUCUAUACACACAAUCAUGUAUGCAUAUACACACAAAUCAUGUACACAUAUCUUAAAAGCAAAGUAGUAAAUAAUCGAUAUCAACUUAUUUUA